AUGGCGUUCAACGAGGCCAUGGACGUGAAGCACAGCAUGGCCCGGGAGUACUCCAUGGGCCAGACCAACGAAGACGUGGACCCGACGUCCUGGGGCGUCGAGGAGGUGGGGACCUGGCUCGGGAGUAUCGGCCUGGGCCAGUACGGGCCGGCGUUCGCGAAGCACCAGGUCACGGGGGAGAUCCUGCACAUGCUCAGCGAGGAGCUCAUCAAGGAGCUGGGCGUGGCCACCAUCGGCCACCGCGUCAAGAUCGCCAAGGAGUGCCUGGCGCUGCACAAGAGCAACGAGAACCGGCUCCGCUUCAAGGUCCACUGGGAGGCGGACCAGAUCAUGUACGAGGGGGGCUGCACGGACUGGCUCUGCAAGCAGCUCAUGUGCGUGCCCUGCUGCGACGACCCGGACCACUACAAGCUGACGGGCGCGAUCCUCUACCUCACGUCGGAGGACCGGAAGCGGUCCAAGGGCUACUGCUCCGGCCUCUGCCAGACGUCGCGCGCGACGCGGGCCGUGGACCUCUCGACCAUCGCCGGCGUCUCGGACUACCACAUCAACAGCGUCUGCGACUGCGGCUGCGCGGCGGACGUCAUCUCCGUCGAGCUCAACGGCGAGCUGGGCCUCGACCCCGUGCGGCCCAUCCUCGUCAAGAAGGGCCAGGGCUACAAGGUCGAGGAGGCCCAGUGCCGCGCGCCGCCGAUGCGCUCCCAGAGCAUGUCGCGCUGA